AUGGCUCUGCCACCACCGAUCAUUGGUAAUGUCACAACGACACAAGAUACGAUGCCUCAAGGGCAUCUUAUCUUUGACGCGAAUUUUGAAUGCGGUAAGCUAUGGGACUUUAUGUUGUAGUAGGUAUUUUGGUGUUUUUUAUUAUAUAUUGAAAAAACUGCUUGCCAUGCAUUACUACUUGUUUUACAAUACCAAAUUUUAUUUUAGGAAACCUUGGUAGAGUAGACGAACUAAGUAUGUUUGAGUACGAUCUGUUCAUCCGACCAGACACUUGUAACCCCAAAUACCGAGUCUGGUUUUACUUUUCUGUCAAGAAUAUUCAACCAAACCAAAGGGUUAUGUUUAAUGUUGUCAACUUCUCAAAACUGCGGAAUCUAUUUGACACUGGGCAAGCUUCGCCUGUCUACAGAGAGCACGGUGAUGUUGUUGGCACGGAAUGGUACGUUAUGAAAGUUUUAUAAACAUAUAGAAUCAGAAUUUUAUAAAGAUAUGGAUUUUAGGUUUGAUAACAUAUAUAAUCAGGCUUUGACCAAGUACCUGACUUUCUAUUUUUAGGGCUCGAAUAGCGCCAAAGAAUAUAUAUUACUACCGUAGCCAAGUUCACGGUGACAGGUUCAUACUGUCAUUUGUUCAUGUUUUCAAAAAUGUCACUUCUUGUGAAUUUGCAUACUGUAUACCGUACUCGUAUACUCAGUUACAAGACUUUUUAACUUUGCUGGAACAAAAGAAUCUAAAUUAUUUCAAAAGAGAAGCGCUGUGUUAUACUGUGGUAAGUCAUUGCUACACGACUUUAUACAAUUAUGGACAAAGCUGUAGGGUGUAUGGUAUCUUAGGCUGUUCAAAUAAAUAUGCUUUCUGGCGCCGAAAAUGUGCUUUGAAAGGGGGCACUGAAUUAUUUGAACAACCUAAUAGUAUUAUAGUAUUCAAAAUCAAAAUUUUUAUUAUCUAGUUUUACCACUGUAAAAACAUAAUACUACACUUUAGCAAAAACGACGCGUAGAUUUGGUAACAGUAACCUCACACGAAAACAUGAUGAACGAGAGCAGGAAGGAGAAGGUAAUAUUCAUCACAGCUCGAGUCCACCCUGGAGAAUCACCUUCAAGUCAUGUGCUACAUGGUUUUCUGGAUUUUAUUUUGAGUAACGACAAACGAGCGAAGAAGCUACGGAGUUUGUACAUCUUCAAGAUAGUGCCCAUGCUCAAUCCUGAUGGGGUUUUUCUUGGAAAUUACAGGUAUUGUCUCUUUAUAUUUCGAGAUUUUUUAUGCCAUUUUAUGACGAAAGGUUAACUCUACUGUGGCCCAGGUUAAAACUUUACUGUAUGGUUUUGAAUUUUUAGAAUUUGAAAUUGUUUAGUCAAAGUAAUUUUUGAUUUUGUAGAUGUUCUUUGAUGGGAUUUGACUUGAACAGGCAAUGGCAACAUCCUUCAGUUUGGGCUCAUCCUACUAUAGCGGCCACCAAGGCUUUACUUUUACAUUACAAUACAAGCUCUGUAAGUGUGCCACAUUAUUUUUUAUUUUUACUAUGACUCACAAAGAUAUUAGCUUGUUCAGAUAAUUCUGCGCCUCAUCUGAAAGCAAAUUUUCGGGGUUGAGGUUGAAGGCAUAUAACAAUAUGAACAACCUAAUAUCAACUGUAUAAAAAUACUUACACAUACAUGUAUAUAUACAGACAUAGGUAAUACCUGAUUUUUAACUAUUUAUGAUAUGUUAAUGGCCAAUGUUUUAGAGAUCAGAAGUAGUUAUGUGUUUGGAUCUACACGCCCACUCUCAACGUACCAACUCGUUUUUGUACGGUAACAUGAAUACCAUAUCACCUAGGAAGUGUAAUCAACAGUUACUACUACCGUAUGCUUUGGCUGAAUUGACAGAAGACUAUAGUUUACAGUAUACUCAGUUCAAUACUGAUGCUGAAAAGGCUGGUACCAAUCGGAGGUAAUCAUUUUCUUACUAGUACAAUGUCUUUUACUAUAUCUUUUUAUAGAUAUGCUAUUACUAUAAUAUCUUUUGAAUUACAGUUCGGAAUAGGUUUCAAAGUAAUAUUACAUGCUAAAAAUGUCAUAAAAUACAAUUUUAGAACAAUGGGUGAACUGUUAGACGACAGUUGUAUGUGCUACACGAUGGAGGUGUCCUUCUUUUCCUACAAACAAAAGGACAAUCCUGAUGAACAGGCUACACCGUACUUGAAGUCUGGAUGUGAGUUCAAAUGUCAUAUUGAUCAUGAUAUAUUAUGGCGAUCUACUGAGUGAUCACAAUAAUUUUUAGACGAGUUAUUGGGGCAAAACCUUGGCAUAGCGCUACAUAAGUACUAUGAUUUCAUGACGAAUCCAACUAAACUGACAAUCGACCGAGAGUUUGAGUCGUUCUUGUCAAAACGAUGUGUUCGGACGUAUCGGGCUGUAAGUGUGACAUAUUAAUGUUGGAUAGGCUUAGAAGAAAGAUUUUUUUUAUUUUUUCACUAGUAUGAACAGUAAUGUAGUUAUUAGUAAGAUCAAUAUAGGUAUCAAGUUUGGAUAAAUUAAGUAUGCAUUAACCUUGAAUUGACUCAGAGGAAAGUAUGACUUUCUUUUGUGUUGGCUGUAGAAGUCGUCAACAAGAUCAUUACAGAACCGUAACCGCAGUAAAGGCAACGAGCGAUCUACUGAGUGA